AUUUUACACAAUGGAUGAUGAAUAUUACAAAAGAUCUUAUAGAGCACCUCCAGGUGCUCGCCAGCACUUACAAAAGGAAAAAGAACAACAACAAGUAGAGCAUAUGAACGAGCUGUAUGAGUUGGUUAUUCGUAAAUAAAAAAGGAAACAAGGAGCCUCUGCUUGGAGAUAAUGAAAUCGGCCCAGAAUCUAAAGAAAUCAAAAUUAAUAUUGAGCAGUUGAAAGGAUAUCAUGAGAGAGGAAACACUGCAGAAUGGAAUGAAAUUCCUCAAAAUUUCAUCAUCCCAGAAAAACCAAAGAAGAAAACUGGCUGAACGAAAUAUUGUUAUGUUGAGCAUUAUACAAAAUACUUUGAAGUAACAACUAAAGAGGUUCUCGUUAGGAUAGUAAAGUCUCUCUUUCCGAUAACCAGAGGAUCAAUCUACUCAGAAGAUACUCUCAGACCUGACAUGUAUGGUCCUCUUUGGACAAUGAUAUGCCUUUUUGUUAUGAUUCCUAUCUUUGGAAAUAUUAACCAAUAUUUGAAAGCAUAUCAGCAAGGUGAGUUGGAUAAGUACAUUCCAGAUCUCAGCAAUAUCUGGGCUUUAAUGUCUUGUCUGUUGAUCUACUUCUUGCUUGUUCCUUACAUUCUUCACACAAUAUUCAGGUUUGGCUCUGGCUUUGGAGCUGUUGACUCAAGAUAUUUCUUCAUUGCUUCGAUCUAUGGAUACUCUUUCACACCAUUUACUAUUGGAGUCUUUUUCCAUACCAUUCCUUAUCCUACUGCUGAGUGGGUUUCCCUCUUAUUGCCAGCUGUAUCAAGUAUUGUCUUCCUGACAAAAGAACUUCUUGGCUUUGCAAGUGCUGCUCUCAAUAGCAAAUGACUCAAACUAGUUGCCAUAAUGAUGGGUUUAGGCCAUAUCGCCUUUAUCGCAAUGCUAAAAUGGCAAUUCUUAUAA